UGCGUCAGGAGGAAGUGCAUUCUGCGGUGCUACAGUGAAUUGAAAGUACGCCAUAAAUAUGGCGCCAAAAGAGUUUUCAAGCUGAUGUUGGAGCUCGUCUGUAGCGUCCUCCGUGUUCUUCCCCAGAGGAGGCCGAGAGUCCGGUUUGCAGAGCCGAGCCCGGAGCGUGCAGAGCGGCGUGUGCAGAGCAGGGACACGGGAAGAGGACCAGAGCACCGGCGAGAAGAGCGGAGGACCGGAGAGAAGAGCGGAGCAGCGGAGCAGUGUUGGCUUUUUUGAGGAGGACGUUGCGAAACUCGCUCGCUUCUUUCUGACUCAUCGUUUGGAUAAAAGCAUCCCUCUGUGCGCGCUUUGGAGCCGCGGUCCCGCUGCAGCUGCGGGAGAGCUCCGGGAGAGCUCCGGGGAGCUCCGGAGAGCGGCUCUUUUCUAAAUGCGACACGCUUUCCUCCUCCGCGCGCUGGCGCACCGCGAGGACCGCGGCGUGAGCGCGUGUGUGGACUGCUCAUAAUCCUCCCGUGGAUCCUAACUGUCCUCUGGAUCAUAAUCCUCCCGUGGAUCCUAACUGUCUUCUGGAUCAUUUCUGUGCCCGUGGAUUUACUGUGGAUCCGCCGUUUGGAGCGGAGCUGUCAGAGGAGCGCAGCGGGAGUGGGUCCUGUCACUGCCCGCGGGGGACACGCGAACUACGGCUCACCCCAAAACUACAUGUCCCUGUCCGCCAAUGAGCUCCUAACCUCCGGAGCACGUCUCUGCGCUCGAGGCUGACCAACAACAAGAUGGAGAGCGAGAGGAAGAGGAGGAAAUACUCGACGAGCAGCGUAGACUCCGACACCACUGACAGUCCAGUGACGUCGUGGUCACGCUCCAAAUCCACAGUCACCAGCAGCACAUGGGUCGUACACCCGCACAAGAAGCCUUCAGAGGUUUUUCGUACAGACCUGAUCACAGCCAUGAAGCUCCCAGACUCUGCUCCUCUGGCUCUGGAAGACUUCUACCUCCUCACUGACCCCUGGAGGCAGGAGUGGGAAAAGGGAGUGCAGGUGCCCGCCAACAUGGAGGCUAUACCCCAACCCGUGGUCAGGUUAAUCACAGAGCAGACCUCCUGUGGACUCUCCAGACCAGAUCAGGACCAGGACUCGGACCAGGAUUCGGAGCAGGACUCAGAGCAGGAUCACAGGGGUACCAGCCCACCUCCUCGGCACAGACUCUACACGUGUUACGACCUGGACGAUCUGGAUGUGGCCUGGUUAAACCUCGUCAACCAGGAGUUCAGACAAAUGGCCUUACCCCCUCUGGACGAGCUGACUCUAGAGCGCGCCCUGGUGGAGCUGGAGUCUGUGUGUGAGCAGAAGAUGCAGCAGGCCAUUGAGGAGGAGGAGGGGCUGGGGAUUGAGUACGAUGAAGACGUGGUGUGUGACGUGUGCCGCUCUCCAGAGGGUGAAGACGGAAACGAGAUGGUGUUCUGUGACAAGUGUAACGUCUGUGUGCACCAGGCGUGUUACGGGAUCCUGAAGGUGCCCCAGGGGAACUGGCUGUGUCGGACCUGUGCUCUGGGUGUGCAGCCCAAGUGUCUGCUGUGCCCCAAACGAGGAGGAGCUCUGAAGCCCACGCGCUCUGGGACCAAGUGGGUCCACGUCAGCUGUGCCUUAUGGAUCCCGGAGGUGAGUAUCGGGUGUCCAGAGAAGAUGGAGCCCAUCACUAAAGUGUCCCACAUCCCGUCCAGCCGCUGGGCCCUGAGCUGCAGCCUGUGCCGAGAGCACACGGGCACCUGUAUACAGUGCUCCAUGCCCUCCUGUAUUGUUGCCUUCCAUGUGACCUGCGCCUUCGAUCACGGUCUGGAGAUGAAAACCAUUUUGGCCGAAAAUGAUGAGGUCCGCUUCAAGUCCUUCUGCCUGGAGCACAGCAGCACCCAUGGGACCAUGGCGGGACAGACGAGUGCCCAGGGGUCCCACCCUACCCAGUCCAACCAGCCCGUGUCUCCCUCUGGACUGUCAAACCCACCUGUGUCUGCUGUGGGACCAUCCAGCACCCAUCAGUCUGUCCCGGGAGACACCAGCACCCAUGGGUCCAGCUCGGGAGAAGCCUUCAGCCACGGGAGCUCUUUGGGACAGUCCACCACCCACACGCCUCCUGCCGUCAACGGGACGCACUCUGAUGUAAGGCUGCGAAUUACUGUCUUAGCAUUAUACACCAAGGGAUUGUAA